AAACUAUCACUAAAGAUUUCAAAAAUCAUGGAUUGGGAUCUGUGCAUCAUUUGCCAAAAAAGUUCCGUUGAAAAAUUACAAUUUCCUGCAAACUCAAAGCGUAAAGACGCUGGUGUUGGCUACACUUCAUUUGUUAGAAAUCUCGAAGAAUUCCGGAAGCUAGAAAUUACCCCUGAAUGUUUAAAUGUGGAAUGUCUCGAUGAAGGUCUUGGAAUAGAGCAGACUCUUUUGAAUAAAAAAGCUUCCUGGCACAAGUCUUGUCGAGACCUUUUCAGCAGUACCAAGUUAGAGCGUGCCAACAAAAGAAAAUUAUCGGCAAUAGCUGAUGAAAAAGACAGAGAAGAUUGCGAACAAAUCAUAGAUGUAAGUAGUUCCAGCCCAAUAAAGGCCAGGCGAUCUAGUACUGCUUCAAGUUGUCUGCCAGAAAACCACUGUUUCUUUUGCGAUUCUGCAGAUAGCCCAACAAAUCUUCAUUCUGCUUCCACACUCGAAGUCGACCGAAAGGUCAGAGAAUGUGCUCAUUUGUUGAAUGAAGGGAAACUUAUUUCGAAGAUGUCAGCCGGUGAUUUGAUCGCAAUUGAAGCGAAGUACCAUGCGAAGUGCUUAGUCAGUCUUUAUAAUCGAGCGAGACAAUUCCAAGCGCCAACCACCAAUCCUGUCCCUGCGAGUUCGCGAACUGGUUUAGAUGAACUGGCAUUUGCAGAGUUGAUUGCCUACGUCGACGAACAGCUUGAAUAUGAAGAUCUUCCAGUGCUCAAGCUUUCCGAUAUCGUAAAAUUUUUCUCAUCAAAACAGCACGGGAACUCGGAAUUGAAUCCGGAAAGGUUAAUGCUACUAGACUGA